AUGGAGAUAAUAAACUGCACUCCAUUCUUGGAAAGCUGUGCAGGGAUGCUGGUCUUCGCUGCGAUAUUCCUCCUGUCCGCUGUUGGCGGCAAUGCUUUCCGUCUACCGUUCAAACUGGCAGCAGUCACAAAUGUUACCGAAGGCGAAGAAACGGUAAGGGAACUCAUUUUUAGAUUUAUAAGCUCUCGUUGCUCGAAAAACAAGAUAAAUCCAAAACGACGGAAAAAUUGUAUAUUGAAAUGCGGAUUUUUCAAUUUCCCAUCAUGAUCACCGCCUGUUCCAUAAGAUGGAGCAAGUUUCCGUCUAUUUCUACGCCAACAUCACAGUUGGAACUCCCGGCCAGCUCUUCUCCGUUCUUAUCGAUACGUCUUCGGCUGAUCUUUUGAUCGCUGACUCCAGCUGCAAUCACUACGGUGCUUUUCUUUGUGAAUAACAUAAAGUUGAGCAUUAAAAUUCAGUUCCAAACAGCAACUCUUCGUGCUAUGGGAAGAACCAAUUCAUAUCGUAAGUUGUAUAAGAUUUCCUUUUGCAAGAAAUCAAUACAGUUCGGCGUCGAGCACUUACACCAUCGUAGGGAAAGUUACUACUGUUUCAACCAAGUUCGGUCCAACUAAAGGAAUGACGGGAGCUGACGUCGUUCGCGUAAGAAUUAAAGACCUAUAGAAAAAAAGAACAAAAAUUAUUUAGCUUGGCACAGUUGUUUCGGAAACUAUCACUGUCCCAGGGGUUACCUUCCUCCAAGUCUCUGACUUUGGAACAGUUCUUCAAGGCGUCAAAGCUGACGGCGUUCUCGGUGAGAAAAACUGAAUACUCCAAGAGCAAAAUCUUCCUGAUACUCCAAAGUUUGUCAAUUAUUUUUCCUCUCUUCAAGGUCUGGCAUUGAUGGGAGCUUCUCAAACCUCAGCCACCCCAACUUUCGUGCAAGCCGUGCAGCAAGGUUUGGUGAAAUUGAUUUCUUCAUCUUAUUUGUGAGUACAGGUGACGCAAAAGACUCUAUUUUCUCGAUUUGGCUUGAACACCAAAAUCAGACCAACGAUUUGGGAACGCACGGAGUUAUUCAUUAUGGAGGUUUCCUUUUUCAUCAUUUCAAGAAAUAUCUGGAGAGUUUGAGGCUCUGAUACGGAUCACUGCAAUACCACUCGACAGUCUGUCCAGCUUUCUGGGGCUACCUAUUUCCAAGUCACUGUUGCCAAUGUCAACUCCACUUCAGGCAAUUACUCACUCAAUAGCGGAAAAAAUACGCAGGUUGAAGAAUUUCCAAAAACUCAAAAAGAAAGGAACUUCAGGCUUACAUUGACUCUACCUCGCCUUACAUCUCCGUCCCUCCUCCAAUCCUCAUGAACAUCAUGAAGGUCUUGAACCUUCCUGCUCAAAGUUACCCGCCGAAAGUGCCCUGCAAUGCAAAAAUUACGCUUGGAUUCAGUUUUGCUGGAGGUUGAAAAUGAUUUCUAGCUGCUAAUGAAUAUUUUCUCUUCAGGAGCCUAUGUUGAGGCUACUGAAAAGGAUCUCAUUUUGAUGCUCUCUCCUGGUGUUUGCCAGCUGUCAGUCAAUCAAAAUGACGCUAGCAGGUAAGAAAGUGAGAAAGAACCAAAAGACAAGAGAAAAUGGCUUCCUUCUUUAUUAACCUAAUCUAAUUUGAAGGAUCAUCCUCGGAAUUCCAUUCUUCCGCGGACAAUGCAUCAGCUUCGACGUCGUUCGUCACGCCGUCACUUUCUCCCAGGCUCUUUCGCAGAAUUAA